UAGAGGUAGACUGUAGAAGUAGAGGUAGAACUAGGUAUUACGAGUUACUUGGUGGUUAUUCAUGCUUUAGAUCCAAAAUAACCCAGCACGCGGACACUAAACACGUUCGUAGCUUAUUUUAGUUAAUUAUACACUGUACGUGUUUUUAAAUUUAAUUUUAACGGCCAAUCACGUGUGUUUUUUAUUUUUUUUUUCCUUUUAGUUUCUUUGUUGUUGUUUUAAACAAUUGUUUUGUGAAGUGAAUUUAAAACUGUGCAGUGCGAGUGAUAGGUGAUUUAUUUAUUUAGUUAUUAUUGUAAACUGUUUGUUGAUCUUGAUAUAUUUAUAUAUAUAUAUAUUUUAUUGAUACGUGUUAAAUAACGGCUAAAUCAUUGAGCUGGAUUAUCAACGUGCCGCCGGCAACUUUAUGAGAGCCGGCGGAAAUAUGUGUGAUGGUGCGGGGUCAUUUUCCGAAUCAUUGCGCGGCAUGCAGUGUUUAACUGGUACAGCUUCAUCACCACCGAAUGUUGAAGUUGGACAAAUGAGUGUUUCACUCGCUAACUCGUUAAAUGCUGCGGCAUCAGCAGCCGCAAAUGCUACUAAUAAAAAACCACAAUCUGAACAUAUUAAGAGACCAAUGAAUGCGUUUAUGGUAUGGUCUAGGAUGCAGAGACGGAAAAUAGCUCAGGACAAUCCUAAAAUGCAUAAUAGUGAAAUAUCUAAACGAUUAGGAGCCGAAUGGAAAAAAUUACCAGAUCACGAAAAACGUCCAUUCAUCGAUCAAGCAAAGAGAUUACGUUCCGACCAUAUGAAAGAACAUCCGGAUUAUAAAUACAGACCACGACGUAAACCAAAGACCCUCAGAAAAGAUGGCUAUCCUUACAGUAUUCCUUACGCCAGUGUGCCAAUGGAUGUUUUACGUUCCGGCAUGGGUACAAUGGGACAACCAGGAAUGAGCUCAUACUAUGCACCAGCAACAGCUUAUGGUACAUUAUCAGCAGCAAGUAUGGCAACUAUGGCCGCGGCUGCCCAGCAGUCUGUCGCUAUGUCUGCUGGUCUUGGGGCACCUGGCCAGGUCGUAAGUUCAAUGGAAGCAAUGAAAUACUCAAUGGAAGCCGAAAAAUAUCGCUCAGCGGGUUAUAUGCCACCAAGUAGUCUCGCAAUGUCAAUGUACACUGAUCAAAAAUAUAAUUUAGAUUCAAGCACAAAAUAUCUCGCUGAACGUAAUUAUUUUGACAAUGCACGUGCAUACAUUGAACAAUCAAAGCUAUACGCCGACAAAUCAUCGAUAAAUGAUUACAGCCGAAGUGCGUACGACCCAAAUAAUAAAUAUGAAGAUUCAAGUCCAGGUGCGGCAUCAUCAAAUCGUUCACCAACAGCUGAUUCACCUGAUAUGCUUAAACAUCAUCAUCAUCAUCAUCACCAUCUUCAUGGUAACAGUGCUAUGAGUAGUAAUGAACGUAAUGAUCAACACAGUUCAUCAAAUGCCAGUACAACAUCAACACCGACUUCAUCUGCAGCUAGUCCUGGUGUCAGUAUUCCGGCAUAUUAUCCAGGGCCACCGGGGGUGCAACCACAAGGUUUAUUAGCACCACAAAUUAGUCAGUACUCAACUGGUUAUCCAUCACCAGCCGCACCUGGUAGUAAUGAUUUCCGUCGGCCACUUGCUGUAAUCUUCUGACCCGAUAGGGCAUAGCUUUCAUCCAUUGUAAGCAAAUAUCAAUCAUCAUUAUAGAUUAAUAAUUAUUAUUAUUAUUAUUACUAUACAAUUAUAAUUAAUUAAUUAUUAAUUACUACUAUUAGGCAUAUUAAUGCCUAUCUUAUACAUAACUUGUUAAAAAGUAAUUAGUAAUUUUUUAGCUUCAGUGUCAAUUGACAUAUAUUUGAUUUAAAAUUAAUACGCAAUAUUGACCAUUUUCUUUUUUUUAAUAAUAACUGGGCAAAGAUCUUUUAUUUAA